GCGCGACGAGAACAGCAGCGUCUACGCCGAGGUCUCCCGGCUGCUGCUCGCCACCGGCCACUGGAAGAGGCUGCGGCGGGACAACCCCAGGUUCAACCUGAUGCUGGGAGAAAGGAACCGGCUGCCCUUUGGGAGACUGGGAAGCCCUCAGCGAGAAGAAUAUCUUCCCUGAAAGAAGAAAACCUGCUUACAGUUGAGAACGUUUAUUUCCUCCUUGCUCUGUCUGCUCCCCUGCCUGCCUGACUUUCCUCUUUGGACUGGUCAGUGCCCAGCUGAAAGAGCUUAGGUGGAAUCCUAAAAUUAAAAACUGACAAAAACGGCUCUUUGCAGGGGUGAUCAGCGUUGCUGUGGGGCUCAGGACUAGGGUGUAGGAUUAGGGUUAGGAGCAGAGUCCUAGAAGGUCCGAAUCCUAAGCAGGUACCAUGAAGUCAGCAACUGCUCAGGGAACAUUUGCUUUUUAUGGGAAAGAAAACAGCAUCCGAUUGGGAGUUUGGGAUUAGCAGAUGCAAACUAUUACAUAUGUAUAACCGGAUCACUUUGCUGUAUACCAGAAACUAACACAACAGUGUAACUCAACUAUAGUCCAAUAUAAAAUUUAAAAAAAGAAAAAUUCUAAAAAGAAUGUCAGCCAAACCCCCCCAUACUUCAAUAAAAUAAACAUUUUUUAAAAGGUUAGCAUUUUAAAAAACAAAGAAGAAGAAAAAAGAAAAACAAAACAAAAAAACCAGCAUCCCACAACCAGUUGGUUAUAAUAUGCCUUCAUUGUUAAGGAUAUUUACCUUUCACACAGUUCGAAACCCAAGGAGAUGGCCCAGCGGAUAAAGGCCAAGGAAUGCUGCUGCCUUGGUGAUGUGAAGGUCACGAGCCUGGCCUGAUGCAGUUGGUGAAUUACUACAGGGGAGCUGACAAACUGUGUCGCAAAGCUUCUUUAGUGAAGCUCGUCAAGACCAGCCCAGAACUGGCUGAGUCCUGCGCAUGGUUCCCCGAGUCCUAUGUGAUUUAUCCAACUAACCUCAAGACCCCAGUUGCUCCGGCUCAGAACGGAAUCCACCCGCCAAUCCAGAGCUCAAGGACAGAUGAGAGAGAAUUUUUCCUGGCUUCUUAUAAUAGAAAGAAAGAAGAUGGAGAGGGCAACGUUUGGAUUGCAAAGUCAUCAGCCGGAGCCAAAGGUGAAGGCAUCCUCAUCUCCUCGGACGCUGCGGAGCUGCUGGAUUUCAUAGACAACCAGGGCCAGGUGCACGUGAUCCAGAAAUACCUUGAGCGCCCCCUGCUUCUGGAGCCAGGCCAUCGCAAGUUUGACAUCCGAAGCUGGGUCUUGGUGGAUCAUCAAUAUAAUAUCUACCUCUAUAGAGAGGGUGUACUUCGGACUGCUUCAGAACCGUAUCAUGUGGAUAAUUUCCAAGAUAAGACUUGCCAUUUGACUAAUCACUGCAUUCAAAAGGAGUACUCGAAGAACUAUGGGAAGUAUGAAGAAGGGAACGAAAUGUUCUUUGAGGAGUUCAAUCGGUACCUAACAAGUGCUUUGAACAUCACCCUGGAAAGUAGUAUCUUACUACAAAUCAAACAUAUAAUAAGGAGCUGCCUCAUGAGCGUGGAGCCCGCCAUCAGCACCCGACACCUCCCUUACCAGAGCUUCCAGCUCUUCGGCUUCGACUUCAUGGUGGAUGAGGAGAUGAAGGUCUGGCUCAUUGAAGUCAACGGCGCCCCUGCUUGUGCUCAGAAGCUCUAUGCGGAGCUGUGCCAGGGCAUUGUGGACAUAGCCAUCGCCAGCCUCUUCCCGCCCCCCGGCUCGGGGCAGCAGCCGCCCCAGCCAGCUGCCUUCAUCAAGCUGUGACCGAGGGAGGUGCUCGAAGCUGCCUCGGAAGAAGCACGAGGGGGCGCUGCCCCGGGGGAAGGAGAAGUGUCCGAGUUGCUCGUCAUCAAGCCAAACAGGAGGAAGAGAGACAACCCGCAGAGACGUGCUGGAAGAAGAAAAGGCAGCUUCCCCGAGGAGUGGUCGUUUGCCCAGGGGUUCCCAGGUGGAGCUCUUGGCACUGCUACUGAGAUUCGAAAACUGCAGCAAAUUUCGCCAAUGGGAGAGCAGGCUAUUCUUCUGAGGGGCAAAACACAGGGAUGUGCUUAAUGUUCUCAUCCUUUGAAAAAUCUGAUUUUUAUCCUAAGGUAGUGCUGUGAGCAGCGCCUCUCCUGCCCGGGGUGGCAGCCGUUGGAUCUGGUUGGUGUCUGUCCACCUGCUGCAUUAGUGCCUUAGCUCUGUGCCCAGCUACAGCCUCCUGUCUGGGGCAGGGGCGGGAUGCGAGAGCACUUGGGAGGUUGCCAAGGGUGUCCCCCGCUAGUCCCAUGGGCAUCUGCACAAGCGCGCACCGACUGUCCUGGGUGCUGGGCUCUGCGGACGCUGCCUUGCCAUCAGGGGGCUUGCUCUUCUUGGUCCUGAUGGCAUCCGGCUGGUCACUGGCCAGGGAUGGCGUGGGCUGGGCACCCAACAGCAAACGCUGCUCUCAGCCUGCUCUCUGCAUGUUUUAGAAACCAAGCAGCAAGUUUGCUGCAAACCCGUAAGCAUCCAAUAAGCAUGAGAGAGGAAACAACACAACGUCCUGCUUUACUUAAUAGUUGCGUGGGGGGGAGUCUUUGAAAUAUGAUUCUCAGUUCUCUUUGUUUUAACCAGAAUUCUACAUGCCCUUUGGCCAAGUUCCCUUUCGUUCUGUUUUUUUUGGGGGGAUUUAACUUUUGUAAAAACCCUUCUAGGGGUCGGGAGAGGGUAGAAUUCCCCCGCUCCACCCCAGGGGGCUCCUCCCCACUUUGUUUUUCUUGCUCUUCUAGCACCUUCUGUGGGAGCUGGACAGGCAGGUUUUGUUCCAGGGAAGAUUCUCUGUCUGCUGCGCCUCUCGACAUCACGGAGAGGCUCUGAAUCAGUGUGUGUCUCGCCUGAGUGGGAGAGUCUCUUAAAAUGGGGAAGAUGGGGUUUCAGAGCUGCACUCAGCAUCUUCUAAGUCAGCAGAGGUUAACGGUGUCCCGUUAGAUGUAGUUUCUACUCACAGGAUGGACGAAUUUUCUGCAGACUUUCCAGGAGGCCAUGUCACUAGCGAGAGGAAGCCCCAUAUGCCAUCUGUGUCCACCGUAAGAUGAGUGAAUGGUGCGCUGGGAAUCACAGCAGACCCACUGCACCGGCUCCCUCCUCCCCAGGGCACGGCGGGGUCUUCCCUCUGGCACGUGUGUGCUCCGUUAUUCGUCUCUACUUGGCACAAGAAAACGGUUCUGCAGCCAGGGGAGACUUUUUUUUUUACAAAGAGAAGAAACAGCAACACCUCAAACAUGAUGAGAUGUGGGAGCUUAACAGUGAAAAAAGGAAUCAUGAUGGAAAUGAUUCAACGGCUGCAGCAGUGUGUGUGGGAUGUGAAAGUGUUAUGUCCGGGCUGAAGUGGAGGAAGGGCCAGCUGGCUCGGCCCUCCCGGGUGUUUGGAAUUACAAAAUAAACAUGCGGGCGGUUACCCAGAAUAUAUAGAUAAUGAAGUUUCCAUCCAGAGCGAAAUAAGACAGUGUUAAGGGAACUGUGAAGGCCCAGCACAGCUGAUGGGUUAGUGCUGGGGGCUUCUGAGCAGAUCAUGGUGAGGUCCACACCUACGUAGAAAGUGUAGGGUGAUGGGGAAAGCGUGGAGGUUUUUGUAGUGCUGUCACAUGCGAACGCAGAUUUGUAAUGAUCUUUUGGACCUGAACUGCAGGGACGUUCGAGAAUUUUCUCUUACGGUGUCUCUUACUGGUGACAGAGCUAAGAACCCAGGUGUAGGAAGUCUGUGGAACUUGAUGGAUUUUCUAAGAAACCUGAAUCAAUAGCAAUAUAUGUGAGGGAAGGAAGGCUUUAAAGAGAAAAUUCUGCUUCAUUCCUCGCGUGGUUUCAAAUAAAUAUCUAUUUUAUGCAUUUAUUUCUGACCAGGUGGAAUGGCUGGCUCAGAACUGUUCCAUAUCCUUCCACGAUAUCCUUGACACAGGUGGUCAUGCCUCGCCCGCAGUCAGUCCUCAUACCUGUGGUCUGUGUUCGUGUGUCCAGUUGCUGGGGAAGGAGGUGGUGUUUUGUGGAGGCGUUGAUUCUGAUCUUGACUCUGUCAUUGGCUGCACGGCAUCAGAGGAGCCCGUGAACCUCUCUGUGCCUUAGUUUCUUAUCUCAUGGAAGAGCUUGUUGCCUGACCCAGGGACUACUUCAAGGGCAUUUAGUGAGGACACAUGAGAUUAGGAAGGAUGGAGAACCUCCAGUACCAAGGUUCUCAAUGCUGGCUGUUUGCUGGAAUCACUUGGGAAGCUUUUAAAGAAUGUUGGUGUCCACACCUUCCCCCUCCCUCACCCCUGACCCAUUAAGUCAGAACCUCAGGCAUCAGCUUGCUUUGAGAUGCCUUGAACCACUGAUUGAGAAGGAAGGACAAACACGUUAUUACCUUGGAAGAAUCAGAUAAGGUUUAGGGCUUUAAAAAAAAUUCCUUCUAGAAGGCUAGGCGUUCCUUUAAGAAUGACCGGAUGCUGACGUGAUACAGCGAAUGCCAUCCAAGCAGGUUUUUCUUUGCUCCCCGUCACAGCCUUUGGAAACUCAGCUGUGCUUUCAUCUACUUAAACGGUUUGUGAAGCCUUGUCAGCAAAUAUAAACAGACAUGAAUUUAUAAAUCUGCUAAAUAAGUGUUAAGAUUAUAAACAAAUAAUUGAGAGAAAAAUCCCCUUCCCUCCCUCUGGACUCCCGUGGUAACUAUAGACUCCACUUCCCCAGGACGUGGAAGUGCCUCGGUGUCUGUCUGAUACAGUGGAGCGGGUGCUGGUGGACUUACCAGCUGACGUGAUGUGUCACGAGUGUCUCAGGGUGAUCAUCCCAGACUUGGGACAUCUGGUAGUGCUGGAAAUGGAUGGGAUCCGCGGGACCCACAAGCAGCAGCGAUGCUACAGAGGGUGUUGCCAUUAAGAAUUGAGGUCGUGUCAAGCAGGGGUGCGUCCAGCCCUGCUGUGGGUGGUGGGGACUCUGCCAGAGGAGACUAGAUGCCAGAGCGGGUCCCCACAGCACAUGGGUGCCACGGAGAAAACUGUCUCUGAUCCUGGACACAGAAUAUGUACCUAAGAGGAAAUGACUCCUGACACAAGGCGAUUUUAUGAAUGUUUAAAAUGCCUGGAGCAUUAAAGGAAUCAUAUUUCAAGCAUU